UUCUUGCGUGGCUUUCCAGCAGCUGCAGAGCCAAAUGCUUGGCACCUUACGAGCAAUGAAGUUCGGAAUUCCACUGUGCGGGAUUCUUUGUUAUAAUAGCGCUGUGCGCUUACAGAGCGUUGCCCUAUUAUCUGGCCACCUAAAAGCCCUAGAACUUAUUGAAAUGCUUGCACUUUCAAGGAACCAGAAGCUCAGCCAACCUGGUGAAGAGAACCAAAUUUUAGAGUUACUAAUUCAGAAGGAUGGGGAAUUCCAAGAACUAAUGAAAGUGGCAUUAAGCCAGGGGAAGAUUCACCAAGAAAUGCAGGUUUUAGAAAAAGAGGUGGAGAAGAGGGACAGUGAUAUCCAGCAACUACAGAAACAGCUGAAGGAAGCCGAACACAUAUUGGCAACAGCUGUCUACCAAGCUAAGGAAAAACUGAAAUCAAUAGAUAAAGCAAGGAAGGGUGCAAUUUCUUCUGAAGAACUAAUUAAGUAUGCCCAUCGGAUUAGUGCAAGCAAUGCUGUAUGUGCUCCUUUGACUUGGGUGCCAGGUGAUCCUCGAAGGCCUUAUCCCACUGAUUUGGAAAUGAGAAGUGGCCUUCUGGGUCAGAUGAGUAACCUGCCUACUAAUGGAGUCAAUGGACAUUUGCCUGGAGAUGCACUGGCUGCUGGACGACUCCCAGAUGUCUUGGCUCCUCAGUACCCAUGGCAAUCAAAUGACAUGUCCAUGAACAUGCUACCUCCGAAUCACAGUAAUGAAUUUUUAAUGGAAUCCCUUGGGCCCAACAAGGAAAAUGAAGAAGACGUUGAGGUCAUGUCCACAGACUCAUCCAGCAGCAGCAGUGACUCUGAUUAAAUGAGGGCAGAAAGUUCACAGCCACUGGAAUCCAACCACUAGCUCUGAGAUGUGUAUGCAUGUUACCUAAGUGGCUUUAAUUACUGAAGACUGCCAUAGUCAUGAAAGCCAUGGACUUUUUUGUCAAGUACUUGGAAUACUGAACUGACAUUUUGUACCAGUAUUUUUUGUGAUUUGUUUAUAUAUAUAUAUAUUUUUGAUAAUUUUUUUUAUAAGUGUUUAUUGUUUAAAGGAAGAUGUGUUAUCCUAUCCUAGUUCAUUAUUUGUGAAACCCAUGAAGUGCCUGAAAGGGAGGCCAGCAUGUGUUUUGGCACAGUGCUGUAUAUUGAAUGUGCUAGCUUUCUGCUUCAUUUGCUUUUUACUUUCUAUCAAAAUGUUGUUGUUCCAUUGAGAAGCGCUGAUUAUUGGGUUUGGUACAAAUAUAAAACUCUUGUAUAUAUUUUCAAUGGGUUAACUUUUCUUAAUGUGUCUGUUGUAAAUAGUAUUUUGCUAGGUUUAUCACUGUGUAUAAUGCAUAUACAUUGUUGUGUGCAUAUGUAUUUAUAAAGGCAUUGACAUUUUCUAAGAAUAUGUAUAUUGCCACAUGUACAUAGGGGUAUAUGUAUAUAUAAUAUCAUGAACCAUGCUUGUUUAAACCUUCUGUGGGUUAUUUUUCUCCACAUUCCCCAUCCAAUUAAACUAAGACUUUUGUACUCAAAA